CCCAACCAUGUAGCAAAUCGUGGGUAAAGGUCACGGCAAGUUCGAAGUUUUGAACGAAGUGUCAUGUCUGCUGUCACAAUGGCCGAGGGCGAGGAAACUAAAUAUGAAUUGAAGACCGCACCAUUUGAUGCUCGAUUCCCAAAUCAGAAUCAGACCAGGAAUUGCUGGCAAAAUUAUGUCGACUUCCACAGAUGUCAGAAGAUCAAGGGGACAGACUACGAACCAUGUGAUUACUUCAAGAGAAUUUAUAGGUCUAUCUGCCCCAAAGCCUGGCACGAGAAUUGGGAUGACCAAAUGGAAAAUGGAAAAUUUCCGGGCAAAAUAUAAAGAAGGAUUAUCAUAGGAAAUUGUUUUUAUUUAUCAAGUUCUAAUUCAUUCAACAUUUGUUGGGAACUUUUGGAAUAACAUGUAUUGUAAUGUAGAUUGUGUGUGUGUUUGCAGGAUUCACAAUAAGAUAAACAUCAGGACAUUUUGAAAACUCCUAGGAUUAUCAUUAGAAUGACAUUGUCAUGGAUGUAUCACUAUUCAAGGACUGGGGGUUGUCAUAUUGUGGGCUAAAAGAGGCAAUAAUGAUAAAUGUCAAAAUAUCAAGAAGAUAAUCGCAAGAUUUGAUGUUCAUCAUAUUUUGGUCAUAACCACCAAGAAAGUUUUUGCCAGAAAGAUGUACAUAAUGGCAUUAUUCCCCAUUUCAGAUUGAAUAAAAUUGUUGAAAUGUA